CGUCCCCGUCUCUCCCCUUUCUGGCUCACCUGGUCAUUUUCAAGGUGGCAGGACAAUGUGCUUUUGAAACAGCAUGUCCUACUUCUUCCCUCUCUCCGGCCCUAAAUCUCCAGUCGUGACAAAUGACUUACAUCCCUACCUCGAAAUCUCAGUCCUUCCCUCAUCUUACGCCUUUUACGCAGGAGAAACCUUCUCGGCUAUCUUAACAUUCCGCAAUGUCCGCCAAGCCUCUACACAUGGUUCAAGCUCGAAUGUUGGGGACGCUCUGAAGUCUGAUAUAUCUUCACGAGCACCCUCCUCGACCACAUUGAGUCCUACACCUGAUGCGCAGUCUCUCAAAAGACAUGGCCUCAUCGGUAGAGAAAGGGAGAACGCAGAUGCUGGACCAUCCAAACCGCCUGCUCCUCUCACUUUAGUCUCGACCGCUACGCCACCUAUUGAUGAUAUACAAAUGGGAUUUCCCUAUAGUCCCGGGGCGAACCCUUUACAUCGAGCCGGAUGGCCACAAGGAGGUUUAGGAGAAGGAUUUGCUGGUAUCAGAAGUCCUGAGGCUUUCAAGAAGAUGGAAGCUAAUGGGGGACAUGCAAGAAGAGCUAGAAGUUUGGCGUUGGGUAGAGGCAGUCUAAGUCCUCAGGAGAUGAUUUGGGCCUUGGCGGGUCAGACUCCCCCUCCUCUUCCAGCCCGACGGCAAGACCAAUUCAAUGCAUCUCCGUCCCAUUCCCACUCACGCAGUUUAACAGUCACCGGACCCAUGGCAUCCCCAGCUUCCUCCACGCCUCGCUCCCCUCGAACUGAUCUACCUUCCAUAUCCGAAUCCUUUCCUUCGUAUCAUAACGCAUACGGUGCAUCUUACCUCGGCUUUGGCACACCUCCACCUGUCCAUCCCUUCAUUCGAGAAAAAGAAAAUAAAACAAUCACGGUCUUAUGGGCGUACACUCACUUGGCGGGACAAUUCCAUCCUUCUUCACAAUACAUACCACCUGAUCCUCUGUUACCUCUUCGCUCGAAACUGUUACAUCAGCCAGUAGGCUCAGGAUCGUUGUCAACGGCUGGUGGGGUGACUAACACCAGUCGGUGGCAGCUGUCAUUUGGAACGGGUGCCAUUGGUAAUUCUCUGCAACCUAGUUUGACGGGUAGUUUGGUUGGUUUAGCCAAGGAGCUGGUUUAUGGCGGUGUGGGAGGAUCUUUGGAGGAGGAGAGAAGAAGGGUUUGGAAUACGAAGGAUUUGCCUGUCUUCGAGACUACCAGGAGUCUUUUAGGGGUAGACUUGAAACUCAAGGAGGGAGAAACGAGGCAAUUCGUCUACACCCUGCAACUGCCUACGAACCUCCCUCCUGCACACGAUGGCAAGGCUUAUAGCUUCACAUAUCACCUCAUGGUCUCGCUUACUGUCUUACUUCCAGGAGAAGGGAAGAAUCAAAAGUCUCUAGACAUCUCUGUGCCUAUCCGGAUAUGGGGCAAUGUAUCUUUAUCACAUCCGAGAAAAUACGAUGUUCUCAAACCCAUCAUCCAAAAUACCGAUCAUGCCAAAACAGAAGACAUCACAUCCUCCUCCAAAUCUCAAUUGAUCAACCGACGGUCUUAUGAUACGCAUGCAGAGGCUGAAAUGAACACUGAGGAAUCACUGAAAGCGUACGCCCAACACUUAUUGGAUCAUCUGGAAGAGGCUGGUACUCCCAUGUCUAGGUCGUCACCCAUGUUACCUCCAAUGUCACCUAGUACACCAUGUGAACAACUACGGUCACCCUCUCCAGCGAUUACUCCUAUUGGACAUACGACGUAUGGAAUAGAUGAUAGCGAUUCAGGACGUCGGCUGAGAGUCCCAGAAGGUAUGGCUAGUCCAAGUAUAGGAUUCAAUGGAAUAGGAUUGAUCGGUGAGCAAGAGAAAGAUGUCGAUGGAAGAAGUUGUAAGGAAGCUGUGGAGAUACUCAGUCGACAAUCUACCAAGAACCCCUAUGAUAUCUCCAAACACUCUGAACUCAUCUCCCGUCUUACUUUAAUCAAAGACACCUAUCGACUCGGCGAAACACUCCUCUGCAUUCUCACAUUCAACCUACCCAUUUUCUCCCGUCGUGUUCUCAAACUCGCCGCAUAUCUCGAAUCACACGAAAUCAUCCCUGAAGCCCUUCUGCCUCCUUCACCGAACUCUUCGGGACACAUCAAACAUCCUACGCUGAACCGAGUACACGCUGAUAAAAAGAGCGGAUAUCUCACUUCUACCACGAGGCUAGUGGUAGCUUUGGACAUACCCAGUGAUGCUACUCCGAGUUUUUCCUUGAGUGCCGGAUCGGAUGGAAGAUUGGGAGGUAUGGAAUGGAGGUUGAAAGUGUCCUUGUUGGUCUCUGUCCCUCCGAGAAGUCGGGAGAAUGGACGACCAUCCAUUUCGCGUUAUCGCAAUUCCCUGUCAGAUCUGAAAGAUAUCGACGGUGUAAGUCAAAACGAGGCAAAGGGUUUUCAUGGUCCUCGAAUACUGGCAGAUAUCGAUGAACUGAGUAUGAUAAAUGGCAAAAAGUGGAUAGAUGGACAAGACGUAAAAUCAUCUCGAGAGCCUGGGAAGACGGAUGAAGUAAGAGGGAAGAAAGAAGAAUCUGAAGUCAAGAGAGAAUCGAAAAAAGCUUUAAAUCAACAUAUGGGAUCCAAACAAUUUCAAAAUAACGAAACGAUUCAUCUCCUUCCUUCGAAACAUAAGAAUGAUCAUGAUCAAAACAAUUGGCAAGCAUCUCCAGAUGUUUCACCUCUGAUUUGGUUGGGAGGAACAUGGCAUGAGAUGAGUACGGAGACGGUGAGUUUAGAAGUACCAUUGAGGGUAUUACCGGGUACAACGGAUUUUGUGGUGAAGCCGGAUAUACAUUUGAUCUAAGAUAGAAUAUGCAUGGGUGGUUUUUUGUGUG